AUGCUGUGGACUCCGUCGUACGAGAUUAUCGUGGAAACCCUAACCGGGUCCGAGUUUGAGGUGACCGCUGGCGAUCGGGACACGGUCGGCUACAUCAAGUCCAAGAUCCAGAAGUAUGAAGGAAUACCGGUUAACCAGCAGCAUCUGCUGUACAACCACAAGGAGCUGAGCGACACCAUGGAGAUGAAGGAUAUCCCGCUCGUCAUUUCUAUUCGGCGUCACGUUCUAUUCGGCGUAUCUACAAGGUUAACAAUUGCAGUUAACAAGUGCAGUGCGGGCGAGUUGACUGGAACUAAGGUGCGUUGA